GCCUAUUCACUCAUUGCAUCGCUGCAAGGCUGGCAGAAGCACCUACUAUCUUUCUCUUACUACAAUGACCUACUUGUCGAACCUACUUCUUCGGCACCAACCAAUGCAUUCACAACUUCGAUUCAAAGUAGAUUGACCUACUUUCCCCUGUCUCACAAGCAAUUGCACUUCCGCGGCGGAAUGCUGUCUCGCACGAGUAAUUCCUCGCCAGCGACACGACACGACACGUCCUUUCUUCCUUCUGCCCUCAUGCCUCGAAUCGCGAUGCCUCGAAUUCCAAUCCUCCUCCUCCCAAUCACGCUUGUGGUCAUCAUAUCGCUCAUAGUCCUUGCCCAGCAGCACCCCCACACGGCAGAAUAUCUGGAUAUCAAGAGCUGGAGCUCGUGGACCGAGAAGUUCUAUCGAAAUCGCCAUGAAGGGGCGAGCCGCCUCAACCUGACUUUGGCGGGUAACGAGUUGCGAUACCAGAUGGCCGUGGCCCAGCGUAAAGAAAUUAUGGCCCAGCUGCCCCCCGACACACCCGCCUUCGCCGACCCUUUCGCCUCAAAAUACACGCUCUGGGACCUCGUCAUUCCUGCCUUUUCGUGCCCAUUCCCCGUUUACCGCGUCGGAAAUAUGGCGGAUGGUGGCAAAUAUGUCUGUGGACUCGAGCGAGCUACCCAUCAGGACCGGUGCAUUAUCUAUUCCAUGGGAGUGGAGCGCCAGUCGAGUUUCGAGCAGGAGAUCUUGCAUCAGAGCGAUAAAUGCGAGGUUCAUGGAUUCGACUUCUCGGUAACGAAAUGGGGACCAGAACUUCUCAACGACCACGAAGUCAACAAUCGCUCGCAUUUCCACCAGUACAAGAUCACGGGAAAGGACAACCACAACGCCUCGCCGAAAGAGUACUCUCUCUCCGGAAUCAUGAAGGAAUUGGGUCACGACUUUAUCGACAUUCUCAAGGUUGACAUCGAGGGCUCGGAAUGGCGCACAUUAUACGAACUCAUCGCUUCUUUCGACGGCAAACCUCUUCCUUUCGGCCAGAUGCAGAUUGAAAUCCACGUUGGUUGGACUCCUGAAAUGAAAACGAUGAAAGCGGUCGAAGGGUGGUGGACGAUGUUGGAAGAAGCUGGACUACGUGCGUUUUGGACUGAAGUCAACCUCGGAGAUGUCAACUCUGUCCGCCGGGGUCCCAUCGUCGCUGAGUGGUCCUUCAUCAACAUUCGAGGUAAUCAUGCGUUGUUGAACGACCGUCUUCCGGACUACCCUUAA